AUGGGUAAAGGUUUAUCAUUAUUAGAGGCUAUUGAGCAAAUCUUGGCAAAUAUAGAAGAAGAAAAAUGUGCCAAUAAUCGCUUUGAAUAUGUUGUAGUUGAGAAUGAUUUAUCACAAAAGGUAGGUGACAAAAUGGAGUACCCAGAAGUGCCAUCAUUUGAAAAUUUGCUGAAAACCUUAAAAAAGUUAAAAGAUGAUAAUAAAGUGAAUGAAGACGAAGUAAAUAAGGAUGAAGUAGAUAAAGAGGAUAAAGACGAAGUAGAUGAAGAUAAGAAAGAAGCAUAUACUUAUGCGAAAAAUUUAUAUGAUACCACUUAUGCUGAUAAAAUAGUAAAAUGCUCGGGAAAUGAUGCUUAUUGGUCUUCCUUUCUUAGCACAUUAGAUAAGCAGAAGGAAUCAAUUCACAUAAAGCUAAUGAUAUUACUUGCAGAAAUUUCUCAAAAUGAUAUAGGGAGCAGAAAAGAAAUUUAUAAAUUAGUUACUAAGGCCACUAAUUUGCAAAACACAUGGUACAAAGUGGUUGGCCUAGAAAUCACACACUAUCGAGCAUCAUUGAAGUUACAGAGUGAUAAAAAAAAUAAUUCAUAUGAAGCAGAUAUAGAUGAUAUCAUCGAAUUAUAUUAUUAA